AUGGGGUUCAACACGCUUUCGUGCCAGCUGUUGCUAGCUGCAGCGACUGCCUCUGCCAAAUGGAUCGUUCCGGGAGCGCGUUGGAGAGCUACCGAUGACACUCUUGUGAAUGCGCACGCUGGUGGUAUUACUGUGGAUCAAGAGACGGGCAAGUACUUCUGGUUCGGCGAGUACAAGAUCGAGGGACAGGAAGAGGGUGGUGGUGUCAGCGUGUACAGCUCCGAUGACCUUGCGACAUGGGAGCCUCACGGCUUGGCCCUAGAGCCCAUCGAGGGCCACCCAUACAUCUCACCCGAGGAUAUCAUUCAACGGCCGAAGGUUGUAUUCAGCGAAGGUACUGGUCAAUAUCAUAUGUGGUGGCACGCCGACAACUCCACCUACGGAGAGCUUUUGCAAGGUCUUGCGGUCUCGGACAACAUCACCGGCCCUUAUAGCUUCGUCGAUGCUACAGCGCCACUUGGGAACUGGUCACAAGACUUCGGUCUGUUCGUAGACCAGAAAGACGGCCGAGCGUACUCGCUAUACUCCAACGGCGACCGUAGGGAAGGACGUGACGUUUACCUCACUUCCUUCAAUGAGAACAUCACUGCUUUAGAUGAAGUCGUUCAUCGUUUCGACAAGUACGACCUCGAAGCACCAACCAUCGUGCAGACCGACAAGAGCUACUUCGCGUUGAUGUCGCAUAAGACGGGUUACCGCCCAAACAACGUGGUUGCUUUCCGCGCCGACUCCCUUGCUGGUCCUUGGUCUCAACCAUUCAUCAUCGCGCCGCUCAACACACGUACCUUCAACUCGCAAUCUGGAUUGAACCUUCGGAUCAAUGGUACCAAGAAGACCACCUACCUGUACAUGGGUGACCAGUGGGACUCUAUCAGUCUCUGGGAAAGCAGAUAUAUCUGGCUACCGCUUGAGAUUGACGAAGAAAAGAAGUCCGUUGAGCUGAAAUGGUACGACGUCUACGACCUUGACGUAAAAACCGGAGAAGUCACAGCCAUCAACGGCACUACCUACUACGGCAAGGACGCAACUACCACUGGCGACGCAUACCACCAAGAAGCCACCUUCGGCAGCGAUGGCGUCAUCGUCACCGGCAUCUACGGCAACGACAGCAAAGUCACCUUCUCAAACAUCGAAGGCACCGGAAAGCCCCAGUGGGUCUCAUUCUACUACCAGAACACCGAUGACAUGGGCUUCGGCGACCAGCCUGGAGGUUCGCCCGAUCGUAUCAAUGGGACUUGGCAGCUUCGCCGCAUCUCGAGCGUUAUUGUGAAUAACAAGACGGAAGAGGUGGAGUCGCUUUACCAGAGGGAUACGCACAAGGGUAUUAUUCUAAGCACACCGCUUAUGUUGAACUUGGAGGAGGGUAGUCAUAACACUAUUACUAUUGGUGGGCUGGAUAAUGGGCAGGAUGUUAAGGGCGCGGAUAUUGAUCGUAUUGUUGUGUACCCGCCUGAGGAGUAG